AUGGUUUUCGGGCGCCGCAAGAAGAGGAGCUAUCGUGAUGAGAUCGUCUUCGUGCGCUAUCCCGCUAAACGGUCGUCGCGUCGCGGACACGAAUCGAGCCGCCGGCGGGAUGCUUGGUCGGGGCCUGCGGCAACGGAUGGUCCCACCGCUUACGAAGACGACCGUCACUACAACGAGAACCGCCAUCGUGCCCGCUCGGGCGUCGUAGAGAGCGGACACUCGUAUCUAACGCGGCGCUCUGCAAGGACCAACGCGGAGGAGCUGGGAGGAGGCUAUGGUCACGGCCAGCGGUGUCCUGGUAACUCUCACCUGGCAGUCGAAUCGUGCAUCCCCCCGCCUUUGCAACCCCAUGGGAGCCGUCGUGCGGCGACGACCGUCAAUCGCCCUGGCUAUCAUGACGACGGGUACGAUGAGUAUGGCCGUCCUUGCCGGGGCAUCGCAGAGGAGACGGGGUCGGAGUGCUAUGGGAAUUAUGACCCGGACACCUUGGUUACGACAUCCUACGACGACGAUCAUGACCGUGGGCGCGACCAAGACUAUGGCCAGGCCCCAUGCCAUGAACAGGCCUUUGACUACGUUCAGAACGAUGACCCGGCCUAUGACUAUGAUCAGACCGACGACCACCAGGGCUUUGAUCAGAUCGACGACCGGGGUUAUGAUCAGAAUGGCGACCCGAGUUAUAGCCAGACCAACGACCAGAGUUAUAGCGAGAUCAACGACCAGAGUUAUGGCGAGACCGACGACCAGGGUUACGAUCAGACCGACGACCAGGGUUAUGAUCAGACUGACAAUAUGGACUCUGACCAGGCCGACAGUGUUCAAGCCUAUGGUCAGGCCGACAACAUGUACUCUGAGCAGAGCGAUGCCCAGGCCAACGACAUGUACUCUGGUGAGACCAAUGAUCAGGCUGAUGACCAGGCCGACAACUUUGGCCCUGGCCAGGCCGAUUUCCAGGGUCAAUGCCAUGAUCAGGUCUCUGACCAGGGCUAUGAUGGCGACACUGAGGACGAUCAUACCCAACAGAGUCAGGGCCGUCGCCGCCAGAACUUCGCAGAGGGCAUGCCCUCACAACAUCCGAACAGACGCCCUGAAGCAACAGCAAUCGGCAGUCACCCGACCAACCAUCGCCAUGGCCAACAAGGCAACCGCCAUCAUCAAGCGACUAUCACAGAGAGGAGGCAGGAACGGUGGACCCAGCAAUACCAGCCGGGGGAACAAGAGUCCCCGGACAGCGCCAUGACCGACGAGCAGGCCCCCUCUUGUCCCAACAUCCCCGAGCCACUGUCACUCGAGUUCACCGAGGGGACCCCGGCCGCUCGCGAAACAGACAGGCCCGUCGCCCGAACAAUGGCCACCCCACCCACGCCCGAGAUUACGCUGCCAGAGUUCCGGCGUCUUCUGCCCGAGUUCCAGCGGAUGCUGGACCAGCCCCAGCCGAUAGGCAAGGAGCUGGACAGUUUUCUUCCCGACGAAUGCCACAGCGAGCCACGGCACGUCAGCCCCCUAGUCAAGGUCCUGGACGAGCACCUCGCGAAGCGCUCGAACUACAGAGAUGCAGCACUCCCGUUCUUCACAGAGGGCAGGAACGUGGCGGUGUUGCUCGGCCAUCUGAGAGCCGUCUGUCAGCGGGACACCGGGGGGAGCGACAUCGGCGGAGGCGUCACUGAGCGGAAGGUGGACGCGCGUAUCAGCGCCGUCAUUAGUAUUGUCAUGAGGCGACCGACAAUGGUGCUUUGUCAGAUAAAGGGGCAGGCCGAGGAUCCGACCUUCACUGAGGCGGAUGAGGAGUGGUACAAGCUCAUGACGCUCAAAGUCCAGCUGGAGGUGUUAUUGAGUGCAGUGUAUAUUGCACAAGGGCCGCCUGCGCCGACUACUUGGCAAGCUUCGGUGGAAUAG